CCUUGAAUCCAGCCCGGUUGAAUCCCAGCCCGAGGACAGACAAGAUGCAGAGGCGUAUGUUGACAAAGGAGGACGAGCAGGCCGUCGGCGACGAAGUCGAGGUCAGGAGGGAAGACCAGGACAAGAUCAAUAAGUUCAGCCGGCUACACCAACGAGAACUAAAGUACGAGGAGGCGCUCAAGCUCAAGAAUAAGGAGAAAGAGGAGCUCGACGAUAUCACGAUGGAGCUAGAGCUGGCAGACGAGGACGACACAAUACCAUAUAAAAUUGGCGACUCGUUCUUCCACGUCACGGUGGCCCAAGCGCAGGAAAUGCUCGGCACGGGGACGGCCAAAAUUGAGGAGGACAUAUCAGAGAUCGAGGACAAGCUGAACACGGCGCGAGAGGAGAUGUCGCAGUUGAAGGUCGAGCUGUAUGCCCGCUUUGGACGGAGCAUCAAUCUGGAGACCUAGAAUGAAGCAUCUCUGUACACACGCGCGCGCGCACACCACACACACACAUUGGGACAU